AUGUCUGCGAACGACUACUAUAAUCCCUCGGCGCAGUAUCAUGAACCCCAACCAUAUUACCCAGACUACAACCAACAACACCCGCCCCUCACAUCCCUCCCUUCCUACCACUCACAAGCCCCCUCUAUCAGACCACCCGGCGCACCCUCGCCGGUCUCUCCCCUCGAUGCGGCGGCCGACAACUAUGUCUAUCCUAUGCGCGGCGGGAGUGGGUAUAGGAUGGAUAGCCAGACUACUCUGGGAGCGGAUUCGAGAUACUAUGGACAGGGGGGCGGUGGCCGAGCACAAGACUCCCAGAGUUCUUUCCGAGACGAUAUCCCGUUGCGAGACCAUCCGGGGAUGCCAACGAAGGAUGACGACCCGACUGAUCAUGUCUACGAUGCCCCGGCUAAUAUGAUGAUGCAAGGAGAGAGGCCGAACCGUGGGGGUAGGACUGGGUUCUUCAAGAAGCCGCUGCGCAAGAUUCCAUGGGUUGUCUAUACAUUAACGCUCAUUCAAGUUGCUGUGUUCAUCGCAGAGAUUGUAAAGAAUGGUAUGUGUGUCCUGACAAAAUCUCCCAUUGAAAUCCAUCCCUCCUUCAACCCCAUGAUCGGCCCUUCACCAUGGGUUCUCAUAAACAUGGGAGCUCGAUACGUCCCCUGUAUGCGCAAUGUCAAUGGGAUUCAAAGUAGCACCGAAGUGAUUGAAUGGGGUUGCCCCAACACAACCAGCCUCACCACUCAAGUCUGUUCACUGGGCGAGCUCUGCGGGUUCAGCAGCUUCCAGAAACCCUUCCCAGAACCUUUAUACAACGGGGAUAUCAAUCAGAAACCAGAACCAAACCAGUGGUUCCGUUUCAUCGUCCCCAUGUUUCUCCACGCCGGAAUAAUUCACAUCGGCUUCAACAUGCUUCUCCAACUGACCAUGGCCCGCGAGAUGGAAAUCUCCAUCGGGCCUAUCCGUUUUUUCCUCGUUUACAUAUGCAGUGGCAUCUUCGGCUUUGUCUUGGGUGGGAAUUUUGCAGCUUCAGGUAUCGCCUCCACUGGUGCUUCCGGUUCGCUCUUCGGAAUCAUCGCUCUUACUUUGCUCGACCUGCUUUAUACCUGGUCCGAGCGCCGUAAUCCGUGGAGGGAGUUGGCGUUCAUCGUUCUUGAUGUUGUGAUCUCCUUUGUCCUGGGCCUAUUGCCUGGUCUGGACAAUUUCUCCCACAUAGGCGGUUUCCUAAUGGGUAUUGUACUCGGAACCUGCAUCCUACAUUCACCCAAUGCCCUCCGAAGGCGGACCAAUCAGGAUGAGCCGCCUUAUACGCCAGUAUCAAGCUUCGGCGCCCGAUCAAAUGAGGGCAUAGCAGGCUUCGUCAAAGCUCCUCUGGGGUUCUUCCAGGGGCGAAAACCACUAUGGUGGGCGUGGUGGCUUGUUCGGGCGGCGGCUCUCGUGGCGGUGUUGGUCGUUUUCAUUCUGUUGUUAAAAAACUUCUAUACCUACAGGAAGACCUGUAGUUGGUGCAAAUAUCUGAGUUGCAUUAAUGUCAACAAUUGGUGCGAUAUUGGAAAUAUCCAACUCACAAGCACUAAUACGACGAAUAAGAGAAGUGUCCUUGAUAGCUGGGAUGCGAUGGCCAAGCUGUUGGAGAGUUGA